AUGAACAUCGCUUCUCGACCCAAGUUUUUUACUACCAAUAAGCGCGGCGAAAACUAUGAACUUAAAGCCGAGCUCAACAGUGAAUAUCGCGGCGUUCGCAAAGAUGCAGUGAAAAAGGUCAUUGCAAACAUGACCGUUGGAAAGGAUGUUUCAGGCUUGUUUCCUGAUGUAUUGAAAAAUAUGCAUACCGAGGACCUCGAGUUGAAGAAACUUGUAUACCUCUAUCUUAUGAAUUACGCAAAAACUCAACCAGAAUUGGUUAUUCUUGCGGUCAAUACAUUUGUAAUGGAUACAAACGAUACCAAUCCGUUGAUCAGAGCACUCGCAAUCCGUACUAUGGGAUGUCUUCGUGUCGAAAAAAUUAUCGAUUAUCUCACUGAGCCCCUUCGAAAGUGCUUAAAGGAUGAUAAUCCAUAUGUACGAAAAACAGCGUGCUUGUGUGUUGCCAAACUCUACGACCUCAAUCCUGAGUUGGCGCUUGAGAGCGGCUUCGUAGAGACCCUUCAAGAGAUGGUCUCUGACAUUAAUCCUAUGGUUGUUGCCAAUGCUGUUGUUGCUCUUUCCGAUAUCAAUGAAGCAUCACCCGAAACAGUAGUUUUCAAAAUCACUGGAGGAACGUUGAACAAAUUGCUACAUGCAUUGAAUGAGUGCACUGAGUGGGGUCAGAUUUCUAUUCUUACUGCUUUGGCAGAUUACAAGGCAGGUGAUGUCAAGGAGGCUGAGGGAAUUUGCGACAGAGUGCUUCCUCGACUACAACAUGCAAAUGGAAGCGUUGUCCUUUCUGCCAUCAAGGUCCUUAUGAUCAACAUGAGGCUCGUGCGAGACGCAAACUUCAACAAAAAUUUAGUCAAGAAGAUGGCACCACCAUUGGUUACUUUGUUGUCUGGACCUCCAGAAGUACAAUAUGUUGCACUGAGAAACAUAAACCUCAUCUUGCAAAAGCGAUCGGAUGUUUUAUCAAACGAAAUGAGAGUGUUCUUCUGCAAGUAUAAUGACCCUCCGUAUGUCAAAUUGGAAAAGUUGGAGAUCAUGAUUCGGCUCUGCAAUGAGCGAAAUGUCGACCAAUUGCUCAGCGAGUUGAAGGAGUACGCCAGUGAAGUCGAUGUUGACUUUGUUAGAAAAUCCGUCCGAGCUAUUGGGCGAUGUGCAAUCAAGAUUGAGGAAGCAUCUGAACGUUGUAUCAAUGUUUUGUUGGAUUUGAUUAAUACUGGUAUCAACUACGUUGUGCAAGAAGCAAUCGUUGUCAUCAAGGCAAGUGAAACCGCUGGAAUAGCUGAUAUCUUCCGUAAAUACCCUCAAAAGUACGAAGGUAUCAUCCCUACACUUUGCGAGAACCUGGAUGCUCUUGAUGAGCCGGAGGCCAAGGCAUCUCUAAUUUGGAUCAUUGGCGAAUAUGCAUCGCAUAUUGAUAAUGCUGACGAACUUUUGUCUGGAUUUUUGGAGAACUUCAAGGAGGAGAACGCACAGGUCCAACUUCAGUUGGUAACUGCGACGGUCAAGCUUUUUUUGAAGAAGCCAAAUGAGAAUCAGGAUAUCGUACAACAGGUCCUCCAGACAGCUACCACAGAAUGUGAAAAUCCAGAUAUCCGAGACAGAGCAUAUGUAUACUGGCGACUGCUAUCUACCGAUCCCCAAGCUGCAAAGGCCGUAGUUCUUUCUGACAAGCCGCCGAUAGAAGACGAAGAUACCGGAGUAUCAGCGGCAUUGCUCGACGAACUCAUAUAUAACAUUGGCACUCUUGCUUCUGUAUAUCACAAGCCUCCUGAAGCAUUCAUUGGUGGCAAGAGAUAUGGUGCUGAUAAUGUUCAAAAGGCAGUUGCAGAACCCGCCGAAGAGGAAGAUAUCAAUGCACCUCCACCCCAAAUACAAGCCGCUAUCAAAAACAACGAUAUUGGCAAUCUUUUGGAUUUGGAUUGGGAUGAUCCGGGCGCUGCUGCUGCCUCAAGCUCAUCACAGCCAUCUGCUCAAAAUGACCUACAAGACUUGUUUUCACCAAGCAGUCCGCAGCAAACACAACAGCAAUCUCCAGUAGCAGCAAAGCCCAAAUCAAAUGUCGAUGAUAUCAUGGGUUUGUUUGGUUCCUCUGCCCCUGCCCCAGUACCACAAACAUCUGGUUUUCAACAACCAAUGUUCCAACAAUCUCCACCGCAACAGCAACAGCAGUUACAGCAGAACCUGUUUGGAGGUGACUUACUUUUCGAUACACAGCCAGCUGCGCAACCAACUUCACCUCCUCAACAACAGCAAAAAGCAGCACAGAAUGACCCAUUCGCGGAUUUAUUUUAA